AUUCGAACACAAUGAGAUUAAUCUUCAUUGAGGGGUGAAUUGUGGAUAAUUGAGGGGUGAAUUGUGGUGUAGGAGGGUGGUUUCGAGAAGGUGGUUUAGGGUUCGAGGGUGGGGUCGCCGACGCCGAGGGUGGGUUGGGCGCUAGCCGCCGUCAGACAGAGGGAGGAGGGGUGACUGGCAGUGUGGGCUGGCAGUGGAUUGGGGUUUUUUUUUUUAACUUCCCAAUCGGUUGCCUCAAACUCAGUUCAUUAUGGGCGAAAAAUGGUAAAGUUUUUUCCAAUAUGAACAGAUUUAUAGGUUUGUCCAAUAUGAGAGAUCCGACAAAAAAUUUGUCUAUUUAUGUUAAAACAUCCAAUUACUAUUUACUAAUGCAAUGCCUAAAACCCCCCAAAAAAAGACGGCCCCCAAAAUAUGAGAGAAAAAGAGUUGGCCGUAACUUGAAGCAUCGUGCAUGCAAUUGUUUCUGUUUCAUUUCAUUCUUCCAUUUUCUCCCCAUUUAAUUUUGUCUCUCUCCUCAUUUUUUCUCUCUUAAUUUCUGUUUUUUCUACUCGUACUUCUGCAUGCUACUCUGCUUCUCCAAUCGUUUUUUCUUCCCCGAAAUUUAUCCUAUAUUAUUUUAAUUAAUCUCCAUAAUUAAAGCUUCUUAAUUCAAUUUUUGAAGAUGAAUUAAUGACUGUAAAUUAAAGGGUUUUUUUUUGGAGUUUUGAGUGAAAAAAAAAAUUAAAUAAUAAAGAAAAUAAAUUAUGGGUUCGAAGACUUGUAUGAAUAUUUUGUGUGGUACGACGUCGUCUGCUGAAUGGAAAACUGGUUGGAGUUUGCGAUCUGGCGAAUUGGCUAAUUUAUGCGAUAAAUGCGGAUCUGCAUUUCAGCGACAAAUUUUCUGUGAAGAAUACCAUGCAGAUGAUUCUGGUUGGAGAGAGUGUGUUACAUGUGGCAAGCGACUCCACUGUGGAUGCAUUGCUUCAUUGUCUUUGAUAGAGUUGCUUGAUUGUGGUGGGGUGAGGUGCAUUAGCUGUGCAAGGAAUUCAGGCCCUAGUUUGACCUUAAAUUCUGGGAAAUGUGAAGGAUCUGGACCUUGCAAUAUGACAGAAAAUAAUGCUGGCCUGAAACAGUUUGGCAAUUAUAAGGAAAUUAAUGGGAGCAAUCAACUAUCCAUGAUGCAGAAUCCCAACUCAAAUUUAGCUUUUGGAUUACUGAAACAAGAGGAAGUUUUGCUCUCUCCUGCUCAAACUGGAAGUACAUGGAUCUCAAACUUUACUCAAUCUCCUAUGGGAAUUUUUCAGAAGGCUAGACCUGACAUUUCUACCAAUAGCAUGCAAGCCAAAGAUAACUAUGGAGCUGUAGCUCACCCAAACCUGAAUAUCACUUUGGGUGUUCCAACAGGAACUCUACAAGCUACAUCCAGCACAAUCGUUGAUGAAAGGGAACAGAGAAAGAUGUCUGACACAUUCCACCAAGGAUUUGCACCUCAAAAUCUUUUGCCAACACCACCAAAGGUGGCGUUUUCUCCAGCGUCGGACACAAAUUCGAGUGUGAUACCACAAAUACGUGUAGCAAGGCCUCCUGUUGAGGGUCGAGGUCGUCACCAGCUGCUUCCUCGUUAUUGGCCAAGGAUUACAGACCAAGAGCUACAGCAAAUAACUGGAGAUUCAAAUUGUACAAUUGUUCCAUUGUUUGAAAAGGUUUUGAGUGCUAGUGAUGCAGGUCGAAUAGGUCGUUUGGUUUUACCUAAAGCAUGCGCUGAAGCAUAUUUUCCUCCUAUAUCUCAACCCGAGGGACUGCCUAUCAAAAUUCAAGAUGUGAAAGGAAAGGAAUGGUUGUUUCAGUUCAGAUUUUGGCCAAAUAACAACAGCAGGAUGUAUGUUUUAGAGGGUGUAACUCCCUGUAUACAGUCGAUGCAAUUGCAAGCUGGUGAUACUGUAACUUUUAGCCGUAUGGAUCCUGAAGGGAAACUUGUUAUGGGAUUCCGGAAAGCAUCAAACUCUGCAUCUGUACAGGAUGCUGCAUCACCUGCCAUCCGUAAUGCCUCUCUUUCAAGUGAAUCUUUCUUUUCGGGUGUUAUUGAGAAUUUACCUGUAAUGAGUGGUUGCUCUGGCCUUCUCCAGUCAAUGAAGGGGAGCACGGAUACUCAUAUAAAUGCUUUGCCAAGACAACUGGAUUCUGCUGGUGGGAAUGUCCCUUGGCAUAGCAGUUGUAAUGAACGGACUGAAGAUGGAAUGUUAUCCACUUCAAUGAUGAUGCUGGAAAGGAAAAAGAGUCGCAAUAUAGGCUCCAAGAGUAAGAGGUUGCUCAUUGAUAAUCAAGAUGUUCUGGCACUUAGAUUGACAUGGGAGGAGGUGCAGGGUAUGCUUCGGCCACCGCAAUGUGCAAGGCCUACUAUUGUUGUGAUUGAGGAUUAUGAAAUUGAAGAAUAUGAAGAACCUCCAGUUUUUGGGAAGAGCAGUAUUUUCACAGCCCGUGCAUCAGGGGUAGUGGAGCAGUGGGCUCAAUGCGACAAUUGCUCUAAGUGGUGGAGAUUGCCUGGUGACAUUUUACUUCCUCCUAAAUGGACAUGUGCAGAUAAUGCUUGGGACCAGAGCAGGUGUUUUUGCUCUGCUCCAGAGGAGUUAGGCCCCAGAGAACUUGAAAAUUUUCGACAUCUGAAUAAGGAUUCGACGAAGAGAAGAAUGGUGAUGGGUAGUCGAAUGGCACAGGAGCAGGAAUCUUCUGGCCUCAAUGCUCUAGCUACUGCAGCAGUUUUGGGAGAUAACACUAAUGAUCCAGGUACUUCAUCUGUUGCAGCUACCACCAAACAUCCAAGGCACCGCCCUGGUUGUUCUUGCAUAGUAUGCAUUCAACCACCUAGUGGGAAAGGGAAGCACAAAUCAACGUGCACUUGCACCGUUUGCAUGACAGUUAAACGCCGUUUCAAGACCCUAAUGAUGAGGAAAAAGAAACGGCAAUCGGAACAGGAAGCUGAGAUUGCCCUGAAAAAUCACCAACAGCAAAAUCCUAGCAAAGAUAUGAAAGCUGAUGCGGAAAAGAACAAGCCUUACCCGGAGAGUCAGCAUGAAACUGAAGAUGACUUGCAAGUGGGUCCUGCUCAAACUAAUGAUGGCCAAGGACAAAAUCCAAUCAGUUUGUUAACUGAAAGUGGCAAGAGCCUCGACCUGAAUUUCCACCCUCAGCGUGAUGAAGACUUAAAGAUGAAGCCUUCUCAGUCUAGUUUGACGAAUCUCCUUCAAUUAGCAAGUUUUCCUCUGGAGGCGUACAUGAAGCAAAGUGGUCUUGCUAGCUUGACAGCUGAGCAACAAGCUAGUUCUACGUCGUUUACAGGACAAGCUGUUGGAGAGAUUGGGGGAAAAGUCGUCGAUGAUCAUCCUCUUAGUCCUCCGGAACAAGUGAAUCUGAGUAAUGGAAAAUGUGAACCAGAAAAUAAACAACAGUGUGAUCAUUUGUGAUACCCUCUCUUGCCUUGUAAUUUACGUUUCCUUGAAGAGCAAAUUCUUUUAUUGUUGUAAUAUCAUUUUUCUUGGCAUAUGGCCUAUAAUUAUUUAGGCUAAAGUUUUUUUUUUUUUUUUUUUUUUUUUUUUUUUUUUUUUUUUUGUAACAUAUAGUGUUAGCGGGGAUUUAGGAAUUGUUUGAACUCACACAAACUCAUCAAAUUAGAUGUACAAAUCGUAAGAAGAUUCUACAAGGAUGUGAAGUUUCAAGGUA